AGUCACUGUACCUCAUUCAACAAGACAGCCUACUGUCUCCCUUUUGCCCAGCUUAACAUCUGCCCUUUCCGAAGUAGGAUCACUCUCGUCCGGCCAUCGAACGACGAGAUGGGCGCGGUAACCCUGCAGUCAGCGCUGGGAAACCCCACGCUGCAGCAGAGAUGAAGGGUAAAGGGAAAUUUAACGGUGACAGUUUCCUGGUUCUAGUUUCACUGUACCACGAAAGAGCCAAGAACCAGGAUGCUGAACUCAGAGCGACUUUUAAAGUAUUUGACAAAGAGGCCAAGGGAUAUAUCGACUGGAACACACUCAAAUAUGUACUGAUGAAUGCAGGGGAACCACUUCAUGAGAUUGAGGCAGAGGAGAUGAUGAAGGAGGCAGAUAAAGAUGCAGAUGGAACCAUUGAUUAUGAAGAAUUUGUGGCCAUGAUGACUGGGGACUCGUUGAAAGUGAGCUGAAGAUCUUGUGGAUAUUCUGCAGCUGUUGUGACUGUUACACACAAUUAUAAAACAAGACAAACAGUGUAAUUUUAAUAAGUUUAGUCAGUAAGUUUUCAAUAUAUUUGUAGUUGUACAAAUGGAAAUGAGUGCAAUAAAUA